AAAUCGUAUACAGCUGACUUAUCACAUGACAAAAUAUAAAUGGCUUCUCUGAGUGAUGUGAAGUUUGCAGCUUUAGAGCUGCUGCUUAAGGCUUCUUCAAAAGAUACCGUUAGGCAUUUAUGUGGGGAAAGUUUUUCAUCCUCUGCAGUAUGUUCAAACAGACUGGUUGAAAGUACUGCAACAAACCUUUCUGUAACAUCAGAAGAAGCACAACAGUUACUCCAUUCGUUACAUCAUCUUAUUCGAUAUAUUGUGUUUAAAGGGUUAACAUCUGCUGAUGAGAUCCUGCCACUUUUUCCCAAAGAAUUCCAUCAGAGUCUUAAAAAUUUACUGACCAAAAUGUUCUUGGAAAAUAUACCUACCUGGAGAACCGAAGCACAGGCAAAUCAAGUCUCUUUGCCACAGAUGAUUGAUUUUGACUGGAGAGUGGAUGUGAAAACAGCCUCUGAUAACAUCAACAGAAUGGCGGUGCCCAGCUGCUUAUUACAGAUGAAGAUUCAAGAAGAUGCCAGCCUGUGUGGAAAUAAGCCAGUGAUUUCUACAGUCACAGUAGAAUUAAGUAAGGAAACUCUGGAUACUAUGUUGGAUGGACUUGGAAGGAUACGAGACCAACUUUCUGCUGUAGCAAAAUAAAUGACAAAAGAAUUUUGUGUGCAGCUGGAAAUUUUCAUCACUUUGAAAAAGAAAAUGCCACAGGCCAUUUCAAAGGUUGUAGCACUGCUGGUUUGUAAACCAUUUUGCUGACAACAGUAAUGUCAUGUCUAGAGUUGUGAUGGUCACAUAUAGAGAUAAAUUUACUGUUUAUGAGAACAGCUGUAUACAGUUUUUCCUCGUUUUGUGGAGUUGAGAUUUGGCUUCAUGAAAAUCUAUUCUGAACCCUUUGUUCAAACCAUUAUAUGGUGAUCAAAAGUUGUGUUUAUUAUAUGUGGGUCCCUCUACUUAGUUUAUCAUUGAGGGUAGCCUAUUUCUUGCUCUUGUAUAUGGAAGAGGGCACACAUCAAAUAAACCACUGGUCAUAUUCGUA